GAGGAUUCUGCCUCCGAAGCUAUCAUACUUGACAACUAUGGCUAUCCCCAUACAGACCCCGUUUCAGAAUCUGUCUACAAUGGCAGUCGUGUUCUGUAUCUUGAGCUUGCUCUUUGGCACAUACUUCAUCCUCUUCAUCAUCGCUGUGUGGGUUACCUUUCUUCGGACUGGUCAAGCCUGGCAGCGCCUUCGUGUGGUCACCGUUAUACUAUUCUUAGUGUUGUGCGCGCACUAUUGCGCUCGGGCUCUCACAUUUGCGAGAGCACGUAUUGAAAGCCCGCCAGCCAGUGAAGAGGCCAAAUGGACCGUGCCACUGAUAUUUGUCGGAGCGAUCACGUCGACACUCGCAGGCUUUAUCUCGGACGGACUGCUUGCGUGGCGUUUCUACGUGAUCUACGGUCGGACGAAGAUUGCAAUGUACCUGCCGACUGCCAUGGUCGUUGUGACUGCGCUCCUAGGUCUCUCCGGAAGCUUCCAACAGCUGACCAUAUAUCGCAGUGCCGAACUCUACAAUAACCGCUUUGCAAUGAUUGCGCUUGACGUUAACGCAGCUUGGGGAUGGUGCACAUUCGGUGUGAACACGAUUCUUACUGCAUCGAUUAUCGGUCGAAUCAUGUGUGUAGCGCGUGAUGCCGACGCUCACCAUGCCACAGGCACCAGCCACCGCCAGUACUCGCUGGUGCUAGAGGCCAUUGUUGAGUCGGCUCUUGUGACAUGGUUUGGACUCUUGUUCUACGAGAUUGCAUCCUUGGCGCCGACUGGGCAUAUCACCGGCAAUUUUGACAUCGGUUACGUCACGGUUUGCAUAACGCCGAUAUAUUUCGGAAUCUCGCAGUGCUUGAUUACUGCCCGCCUUGCGCUUAUCACGGACAGUGAUAUAUGCGCGAGGGAUAUCUCCGGCCAACUAGGGUACGGCACCCGUCCGGCCGCUCAGACCGGUUCACAACAUCGUGGUAGUCGGAUUUCUCCAAUGACCUUCAAGGUCCCGAAAAUGUCGGAGACUGAUUCCAUGGAUGACAGCACAGUCGAAGCCGCCAAAGCCGAGUAGUUCGCGGCAGAUUGGGGCUCUGCCGAAGCCGUCUGAGACUGGUGAAAGUAGUACUGCCUUUCCACGCCUUCUGCAGGCUCUUAUGGACUUGACCAUUCAAAUGUACGAAUUUUUGUAUAUAGAUGUCCCGUUGCAUGCCAAAUAAUACGGCCGCGGUCGAAGUACAGC